AGAAGAAUUAGAUGGAAUAUUACAUUUUAAAGUCGAUCACAAUAAAGACAUAAAUAAAAUAAAUGCAAUCGAAAACGAAUUUAAGGAUAUAAUUAAGAUGAAAGGCGUAAAGUGUGCGUAUAAAAGAGACGCUUACUGGAGAACGUGGCGGACAAUAACUAAUUCAACAGGAGAAAAACAAAUUGUAUGCUAUAAAUGUCAAAACUAUUUGAAAAAAACUUGUCCUAAAUGUCAUAGCGGAGGAGUUUGGAUUAUAGAUGAAAGUUCGCCGCCUUGUCCUUUUGAAAUAUUUUCCGUUGAAGAUGAUAGUAAAAUAUGCGCACACAAUAUAUUAAAACAAAACGAUUCAACGAAGGAAUGUCCCCUAUACAUCAAGAUUACAGACGUCAGUUCUUCCUGUGAUAAUCCGAUAACAACAAAAUGGAUCGUGACUAGAGAUUACGGAAGCCUCUCGGAACAGUUUCCGGUUGUCAUCUGUAAUGGCCGAGAAUAUUGUCAAUUUUCGACCUUGUACACUAUCACCCCCAAACAUAUUUCAUUUAAAAUAAUAAACGAAAUGAACGAAAUAAUAUUAUCAAGAAUAAUGAAUAAUGGCGGGCUGAACUACGUUUGCGUCAACGACUGCGGCACACUAGAUCCGAGCACGAAAAAAGUCAUCAAGCAAGAAAAACCUUACAGUUUCGAUCUUUUCCAAAAUGUCGGACAAAAGAACAAGCGGGAAAACGAAGCGUGGGCGGCAUUUGACAAUUUUGAUACCAACGUUUUUAAUUACGAAAAUGAUUUAGGCCUCCACGGAUACGUCCAGGAAUCCAAGGAGAAACCAAAAGAAAUUAAAUCACAUUGUAAGGAAUUAGUUCAUGAAUAUUUGAAUUAAAAUUUAAGUAUUUU